GGCGGAAUUAAGCCUCGUUGACUCGCCUAAAAAUCCAGCCUCGAGGCAGUCCGCUGACAAGGCAGAGACUAUCACGACAGCUAUUUGCCUCCAACCUCAAAAUUCAAUCACAACGCAGAUAUGUCGCUGGAGGUGGCUUCACGAAUGGCAUUGAACGGGCCAAUGCUCGGCAAGAGCAUUACAACAGCCAUUCCCGCGGUCCUGUCAGGCCGAGCUCUCACCCUCACACGAGCUGCUUCCGUUCCCGUCCUCCAAGCUCAGCAGCAGCGAAGACAACUCUCCGUUACCCCCAGACCGAGAGCACAAGGCAAUAACAGUGGCCUCCUUGGUGUCAACAACUCGAAUAUUCCUCCCUCUUACUUCCAACGACCACGAUUGCCAGCGAAUACCAUAAUUAGAUUUGUGCCACAACAAACAGCAUGGAUCGUGGAGCGCAUGGGGAAGUUCAACAGAAUUCUGGAACCAGGUUUAGCAAUUCUUGUGCCAUUCUUGGACAGGAUAGCCUAUGUCAAAAGCUUGAAGGAGGCUGCCAUUGAGAUACCUUCUCAAAGUGCUAUUACAGCAGACAAUGUUACUCUAGAGCUUGAUGGUGUGCUAUAUACAAGAGUUUUCGAUGCCUAUAAAGCCAGCUAUGGAGUAGAAGAUGCCGAAUAUGCUAUCUCACAACUCGCUCAAACUACUAUGCGAUCCGAAAUCGGUCAACUAACACUUGACCACGUCCUCAAAGAGCGUGCGGCCCUGAACACCAAUAUCACAACAGCUAUCAACGAUGCAGCUAAAGAAUGGGGCGUUGUUUGCCUGCGUUACGAAAUCCGAGAUAUCCAUGCUCCAGAGGGAGUUGUGGCAGCUAUGCACCGACAAGUAACAGCGGAACGUAGUAAGCGUGCCGAAAUCCUGGAUUCAGAAGGUCAACGACAAAGCGCAAUCAAUGUUGCUGAAGGCCGAAAGCAAAGUGUCAUUCUUGCAUCUGAGGCUACGAGGAGUCAGCAGAUCAACAUGGCAACUGGUGAGGCCGAGGCAAUUCUAUUGAGGGCAAAGGCUACAGCUGCCGGUAUCGAUGCGGUUGCUAAGGUUAUCUCACAAGGAAAGGAGGCAGCUCAAGGUGCCGUCAGUCUGAGUGUGGCCGAGAAAUACGUUGAUGCCUUUGCCAAGCUAGCCAAGGAGGGCACAGCUGUUGUAGUGCCUGGCAAUGUUGGCGAUAUUGGAAGCAUGAUUGCGAGCGCAAUGGCAGUGUAUGGCAAGGUUGGAGAUGCACAAGCCAAGACUAUGGCUGCAAAGGCUUUGGAGAAGCAUAAUCAAGACGGUGAACACAGUGAAAGUUCUCUGAACGAUGCUGAGACACCCGUCCAGGAGAUGAAGAGAAGUAUGCUGGCCUCGUUUGAGGAUGCGAGGCAAAAGUGAGGAUGAUGGAUAAAAUGAAUCAAGUUAAUGUACAACAACAAUCCCCUUUAUUAUGUCAUGGAGGCGAGGCGUCAAGCGAAUGUCAACUUGUAGGACUAACAAUACGAGAAUCACUUCUCAAUAGUACCAACUCACUAAGGAGUGGUAAAAACAAUAAGCAAAAAUGACAACCCCAGAUCACAUUGAAGG